UGGCAGCGGGCGCCCCCCCCCCCUUAAUGGGUUGCGUCCGCCCCCCCGCCCUUUGUCGGGGCGCGCGGGCCGCGGGGCUACCUGAUGGCGCGCGGGUCGGCGGCGCCACGGGUAUCUUGCGGAAAUCCUCUCCGCAGGAUCUUCCUGCUUGGCCUGCAAGUGCAGCAGGGGGAGCACCACCCGGGUCGCCGAGAAUCAAUGAGGAAAGUCUCCUUCAAAUCUCCGGAAUUUAGGGCCAUCCCAGCGGUAGGGAACCAGACGCCCCUGUCAGAAGCCAGGAUAAAAACGCAGCCGCGGCGCGGCAGGCUCUCGAGCCCGGAAACCCUAAACGGGGCACGCCCGUUCCGUGUCGCGCCCACGCCCGGCAGCGCAUGGGCUGCCCGGCGGGGGCUCCCUCGGCCGGGUGCGCGCGGGCCGCUGGGGGCUUCGCCCGUUCCGCGCCCCCGCCCUUUGCUGUCCCUGCCGCUUCCCAUUUUCUUCCUACCUUCGUGCGUGGCCGCAGGCAGCUGUUUUGUGUAUUUUCGCUCCGGCGCCCGUGCUGUGUUUCCCACCCAGCCGGCCGCCCCGCUGGGAGCGAGGGCCAUCCGCCCCUCCUUGGCUGGCAAUGGUGGUCCCCGUGCCCACAGGUAUUUUCAGGGAGCCGCGCGCCGGUGCCGUGUGGCGCUCUGGUAGUUCACCGAUUGCCGUUUUGGCAAACGCUGCAAACAAUCAAUGUGGCGGCGGCGGCAUGCCAGUCCCCUGGAUCAGUCGAACCAAA